AUGUCCAACAACCCUUUCGCAAACAAGCAGGACAGCCAAAAGCAGCAGCCCCACGCGGCCGAGGCAGCCGGCGCAGCAGGCGGGUUGGCGUCGGGCAUCACGGGCGGCGUGGCGGACGCGGCCAAGGGCGUCACGUCGACGCUGGGCAACACGGCGGCGGGGGUGACCAACACGGCGGGCGGGAUCGUGGGCGCUGCGACCCGCGGGGUCGGCGACACGGUCACCGCGGCCACGGGCGAGACCGGCAAACCCGUGGGCGAUGCCGUGACGAACAUCGGAGCGGGCGUGCAGGGUGCCGCGCGCGAGACGGCGGAGGGGGUGCAGAAGGCCGGGCAGUGGGCGCCUUCUUCUGAGGGUGGUCAGAAGAAGUCUUGAUUUUCGAUUUUUUUUUCUUCUUGUUUCCUUAAGGGUGUGGCCAAAGUCGUGGGCUCAUAGGUGCAUGGAACGAUCAUGCUGAGGUUGGUAUGAUCCAGGGGAAUGGCUGGUAAGGAGAAAAUAGGAGACGUUGAAGGAAGGAAGGGUUGUACGCUAGGUUUAGGUUGUAUUGAGUUCUCGUAAUGAACCCAUCCUCAUA